UCACAAUUUGUAGGUAGUACAAGAACUGAAAAAUAAUUUUUGGUUGCCAGUAUACCUGUAGUCGUUGCACUGAUCAGUCGAUAGUUUUGUGAUAAAUUAUUUCUCAAGUGAAUUAAAUUAUUAACCAUGGGACGUGAUUCUAGAAAGGUUUCAAGAGAACUUCGGAGUUCUGAAAAAAUUAAUAAGUCGCGUUCAGUCAAAAGAAAGAAUGUUUUUAAUCCGAAAACAGCCGAACGUGAUGAAAGUAUUCAGAGUACAUCUUCUAAAAAAUUAAAACAAAACACUGAAGAUGAUGUACCUGAAGACAGCAGUACUGAAUUUCGAAUAAUAAAUUUUAUUCAGGUAUUCACUGCAAUUUCUGCUCUUAUAAAAUGUAAAAAAUGUGAUGGAAAUGUAGUGUUUCAAACAGCAAGUACACGUGGGCUGGGAUUCAAAAUUGUAGUUGCAUGUAAUAACUGUGGAAAUGAAUAUAUUCCUUCCUGUUCUUUCGUUGGGCAUUCUUAUGAAAUAAACAGACGUUUCAUUUUUGUAAUGAGAAUACUAGGAAUAGGAUACGAAGGAUUGUGCAAGUUUUGCGGCCUGAUGGACAUGCCGUCUUUUUUAGAUAAAUCUACGCAUACAAUUUUACUGAAACAGAUUUUGAAUUGUAGUAAAGCCGUCGCAGAAACCUUCAUGACGAAAGCUGUGAAUGAAGAAAAGCAAGCAAUGCCAACAACUGAAAAUGAAGAUAUAAAUCAUCUAACUGUAUCGGGAGAUGGAACCUGGCAAAAACGGGGAUAUACAUCGUCAUUUGGAGUUUCUUCUAUAAUUGGCUAUUUUACUGGAAAGAUUCUUGACAUAAACAUUAAAAGUGCAUAUUGUAAGCUAUGUGAGUAUUGGAAAAAAAAAACAAAUACUGUUGAGUUCGAGGAAUGGUAUCAAUCGCAUGAAGAUGUGUGUUCUGCUAAUCAUCAAGGGUCUUCUGGGAAAAUGGAGGUGGAUGCGAUGGUCGAAAUGUUUUCGUAUUCUGAAACUAAAUAUGGAGUUAAGUAUGCCAACUAUAUUGGUGAUGGUGACUCCAAGACCUAUUCAGGAAUUAUAAAAUCAGAUCCUUACGAAAAUACAACUGUAAAUAAAAAGGAAUGUAUAGGGCAUGUCCAAAAGCGGAUGGGGAGUCGAUUACGUACGCUGAAGAGUAAACAAAAAGGUCUUGGUGGUCGAGGUAAGCUCACAGGAAAAUUAAUAGACAAACUAACUGUGUACUAUGGUUUAGCAAUACGCCGGCAUUGUGAUUCUAUUGAAAAUAUGAAAUCUGCUAUAAUGGCAACCUUUUAUCACUACGGCUCGAGUGAUGAAAAACCGAAUCAUGAUAUGUGUCCAAAAGGCGAAGAAUCUUGGUGCUCUUACCAGCGCGCUGAAGCAAGAGGAGAGCUUGAUACCUUUUCUCACGAUUAUUCUCCUUUACCUUCUGAUGUUUUAAAAGCUAUCAAGCCUAUAUACGAAGAUCUUAGUAAUGAAAAUUUACUUUCAAGAUGUGUAGGUGGAUUCAAUCAGAAUAAUAAUGAAAGCUUUAACCAACUAGUAUGGAAAAUAUGCCCAAAAACGGUAAAUACUAGUUUUACCAUCGUACAAAUAGCUGCAUACGUUGCUAUGUGUAUAUUUAAUGAGGGUAUAAAUUCAUUAUUAGUCUUGAUGAAUACACUAGGACUUAAUUGUGGGCCUAAUUCUCAUCGGUAUGCAGAAAGAAUGGAUGCUGCACGUAUCAAAGUAGCAGAUAAGCGCGCUAAUGAUAACACCCGAGAAGGUCGAUUGCAACGUAGGCACCAGCAAAUCGAUAUUUUGGAAGCUGCUAUGUCGGCUGAAGAGCUAUUAUAUGGUCCAGGAAUAGAUGACUCAGUAUGAAUCUCCAAGGACUUAUGAUGAUCACCGCAAAGGACUUCGGGAGGAACGGGCUCUACAAAAACAGCGAUAACUUUUUGAAUUAUUAAUUUUUUUUUUUGAAAUUUUCGUGAAGUCAAAUCGAAACGUGUUCUAAUAAAGCUAUGUUUUUAUUUUUGUCAAAUAAAGUAAUUAACUACAAAAAAAAAAUUAUUGAAAAUCAUCAUUUUUUCAUACCCCUGAGUACCCCUAACCCCUUCAGUUAGCUUCAAUU